AUGGCCGCACCAGCCAGCUUCUUCAGCCAUGACAGCGCCAGCGUUGCUUCCUGCUUUGGCGACGCACCAGGCUCUUCCUCUUCUCAUCACACCUCGGCGGUUGAUGUCGACGACUACAGAAUCCUCCAGCCGGGCGACUUCAAAAGAGUCAAGAGCCACAUGAGCCUGCGUUCCAGUUUGCGUUCCAUGCCCGCCUCGCGCGUCGAUCAUGGACUAGACUUGGCAUCAUCCCCGCCGGCCACGACAUCUUCCCACAACAACACAGCGAGUGCUUCACUUGACGCAUCGCUUCUGCCUCCCGACUUUGAUCUCGUAAUUCAGAGCCGACCGAAGCAGCUCAUCCAGCGACAGAGUGGCGAUCGUGCCACCUUCGGCCCCUGGCAACACGAUUCGGAUGGCGACUCCGAUGCUGAUGACGAGCUCGCUACCGUGCCCACACAGCUCAACAACAACAGCAAGUCGCUCCACCGCAAUGUAGACAACGACUCGGAUGCCGAGUCGGUCACCACACCUCACGAUGACGCUCAGCAUGUCCCGUCGUCCACGGCAGCGCCCGAUGCUUCAUCGCUUUCUCCUCCUUCUGUGCAGGACCCGCAUCUCCACCAGCUCAAGCAAGAGGCACACGAGGUGUGGGCUGCCUAUAGAUCCAGCAUGACCCCUCAGCACCGUUCACUCGCCUCGGAUCGUAAUAACGACGCCACUCAGCCCGCCCACAUCCCCCCUCGCGUCACAUCGUCGCAAAGAUCCUCGCUUGUCGUCCUUAAUGCUUUGCCUUCGAUGGGAAUCGAACAACCAAGAGGUUCCAGCGCUACGAGCAGCAACCAUUCUCAUUCGUCGAGCCAACACACACGGCUCCCUUCCGAAUCCUUCUCUCGUCUAAGCGCUUCCGUAUCCCACGGAUCUGGAACCCAUUGGAGAGCGCCUUUGUCGUCCGACUUCCACUCUCACCGCCCCUACACUGCGUCCAUCCUGUCGUCCGCCUCCGAGCACAGCUUUCUCAGCUACCAGAAUAGCUUUGAGAGCGGCAUGAGUCCGCUUCUUCUCGACCGCUAUGUCACAUCGAGCCGGCUACCCGCUCGUCGAGCCCAGCGACCUGCGACGUCGGGAAGCAUACCCGUCACCCCUGCCCGCGUUUCUCACUACACUCCCUCUGCCGCCGCUUCCACGCGUCCAGCUACCACCAACGAGCUGACUGCCGAGGAAAGGCGUCAACAGGUGCGAAGGACCAAGAAGCUCACGCAGAUGCUGGGCGAAGAGAUGCUUUUCACCGAGCCGCACUCUUCUCACGUACGAUCAGACUUGCGCAGCAGAUCGCGUCCGCAGAGCGUGCCAUUUGGGUCUCACCCAAGGGGCGUUCCAGCCUCAGCUCCCGCCUUUGCAUCCACAGCAGGCAGCAAGACUCGCGCACUCUCGCGGAAGCUGCUCCACAGUCGCAGCCACGGUGCCAAGAGCUUGGACCACGCUUUCUCCGACAUGACGCAGCCUCCUACUGUGACGCCUAUUGGUCUCAAUCGCAAAGCCGCGGCCGUCCUUGGUAUUCCGCAUCCGUACUCGUCUGGCGCGCUGGCACGCGUCUCGGGCGAAGAGAUGCUGGCCAGCGACGACGAGCUCGAUGCGAUGAGGGGAAUGCACCCGCGCAGCUUCAUCCCCUCUGGAUUGGAAGAGUUCAACGAGCCAACGCCCAAGGUGGCCCAGCUUGCCACCUUCUCGGCUGCAGCUCUAGACGAAGCCGCGUCGCCCACCCUACCUCAGGAUGGACCUUUCCGAGUGUUUGAUCGAUCGCACCUAGACCAUGCUCUUGUCAUGUCUGAGAGUCGCAAGUUGGCGGCUGCCCGCGAUGAGCGGCGGCGUCGCGUUGCCAAGAUGUCGCGCUGGCUUGGCGAGGCGGUACCGGCUGAGCUCAUCUUGUCGGGAUCUGAUCAACGCAAGAAUGCCGUGAUCUGCAGCACCGAAGCUCGUGUACCUUCGCAUCAGUCAGAGACCAGCCAUGAUUCGGCCGCGUAUACGGUCAGCGAGGUCAGCCAUACGACGUCUUCCACUGGUCACGGCUCCCUGUCGCAACAAGGAUCGGCCAACUUGCAGUCCUUCAUUUCGAUCGACAGCUCGGACGAUGAGUCAGAUGACGAGGCUGAGGCUGCGCCCGCCGUCGAUACGCCGAUGCAGCGUUCUCAAGAAGAGCUUGGUGCUGUUGAGCCUUCGUCGAGUAGUCCAGCUGCCGCGGUGCGCGACAGCAUUUCUGCCUACCGCACCUCGAUCGAGAGCUACGAGUACUUGCUCGAGAACGAUCACGAGCGACUGACCGAGCUUGCUUCCAUCUUCCAUGGUACGCGUGUGGCUGCGCCGAGCGUUGCUGCUGUUGUUGUUCAGACUAUGGCUACCGUUGCUCGGCCACCUCGAUCGCCCGCUCGUCCUCGGACCUCGCCUGCUGCCGCUGCUGUGUUUUCCUCGCUCGUCGACGCUGGCCACGGCUCAGGCGCUCGAUCUUCCACGCUGAGCUCCAGCGUCGGUGGCGUUCCGCGCCGAUCGGCGGCCUUCCUCGACCUGACCGAUUCCGAGAGUGACAGCACCGAGGCCGACGAGGAGCUGCUGGACAUUGACGACCUCUCCCCCUGCUACUCUGCGACGCUCCGACAGAGGCGACUGGAUUCGCACGAUCGUUCCAUCUCCAAGCUGAGCAAAAUCUUUGGCUCGACGCCGUCGCAGAUCGUACGUCUGCAGAGCGACAUUGCUGCUGCUGCUGCGUCGAGCACCGACUCGGUCGUGUUUAAGCAAGACUACGCCGCAGCGGCGCAGAGCAGGGUCGGUGGCGCGAAGCGCGGAGAUGCGCUGAGGCAUGUGCUGAAGUCGCUCGAGGAGGAGGCGCUGGACGAUUCCAAGUUGAAUGUGUUACAGAAGUCCGAGAUCUCAAGGAAGGUGCAUCUGUUGAAGAAGAGGACGUCGAGGAUGUUUGCGUGA